AUGCCCAAGUACUUCUACUUCGUAGCCACCUGGAAUUGGUGGUUCCGUUAUGCCUUCUCCCACGCCGGCCUCAAGUCCACCACCACCAACCUCGGCGACGGCACCGUCAUCCACUGCUGGCUCCCCAAGGCCCACACUCACUCCAAGCCCAAUCUCCUCCUCAUCCAUGGCCUCGGUGCCAACGCAAUGUGGCAUUGGGGUGAUUUCAUCUCCUCUCUCAUCCCUCAUUUCAACGUCUACGUCCCUGACCUAGUCUUCUUCGGGGAUUCCUACACGACCCGCCCCGACCGCUCCAGGGCCUUCCAGGCACGCUGCUUAAUGGCCCUCAUGGAAGCACAGGGGGUGGUAAAGACGACGAGCAUCGCUGGUAUCAGCUACGGCUGGUUUGUGGCGUACAGUAUGGUGGCUCAGUUUAGGGAGAGGGUGGAGCAGGUGGUGCUUUGCUGCGCUGGGGUGAGCAUGGAGGAUAAGGACUUGGAGGAGGGUAUGUUCCUGGUGAGGAGCUUGGAUGAGGCCCUGCUGCCGCGGAGUCCCGAGAAGAUGAGGGAGUUGAUGCACCUCACGUUUGUUAAGCCCAAUUACAAGGCCGUGCCCUCUUGCUUUCUCAACAAUUUAAUCCAAGUAAGUGGUCUUUUAUAUUGA